AAAAUUUUAGCAUAAAUGUCAAAAGAAAAUUCUAGUAAAUUCAGCGGUAGAGGAAAAGUUGAGAAUUUCGUAUAAAGUAUUUGUUUGUGAAAAAUUUAGUUAUAGAAGAUAAAAAAAUCACUCAAAUUCAACUAUGGUAGACUACAGUAAAUGGAAGAAUAUUGAAAUCUCCGAUGAUGAGGAUGACACACAUCCCAACAUCGACACUCCUUCAUUGUUCCGUUGGCGUCAUCAGGCCCGUGUCGAACGCAUGGCUGAAAUGGAACGCGAAAAGGAAGAGUUCAAAAAGAAGAAGCAAUCAUAUCAGGCUCGUUUGAUGGAUGUCAAAGAACGCAUACAAAAGAAGGAAGGCGACGAAGCGGAACUUAAGAAAGAGUUGGAAAAAAUUGAAAAGGAGGGCAAAGAUAUCGAUCGGCAGGAGGAUGAACUGAUCAAUAAAGAGAAGAAGGCGCCUUGGAAUGUGGAUACAAUCAGCAAACCUGGGUUCGAAAAAACUGUUUUGAAUAAACAGGCUGUAAGGAAACCUGAUGAGAAUCUCUCGGAAGAAGAGAAAGAGGCAAGAAUGAAGAAAUUUGUAAAGGAAAACGAAAAAUUAUGCAAGCAAUAUGGUAUGCUACGGAAGUACGAUGAUUCCAAACGUUUCCUGCAGCAACAUCUCGAUCUUGUUUGUGAGGAGACUGCAAAUUACCUAGUCAUUUGGUCCAUAAAUUUAGAAAUGGAAGAAAAGCACGAGCUUAUGGCGCAUGUGGCGCAUCAGUGCAUUUGUAUGCAAUACAUAUUAGAGCUUGCGAAGCAAUUAGAUGUUGAUCCACGUGCCUGUGUUAGUUCAUUCUUCUCCAAAAUUCAAAAUUGUGUGCCAGAGUACAAGGAACAGUUCGAAAGUGAAAUUAAAGGUUUCAAAGAUCGCAUAACAAAACGAGCGCAAGAAAAAAUCAAGGAAGCUUUAGCCGAAGCAGAGGAGGAGGAGAAGGCAGCGCGACUUGGACCUGGUGGAUUGGAUCCUGCAGAAGUCUUUGAAACACUACCAGAAAGCCUUCAAAAAUGUUUUGAAUCGCGUGAUAUCGAACUGCUUCAAAAAACCAUAACCGAAAUGCCUGUUGAGGAAGCCAAAUACCAUAUGAAACGUUGCGUGGAUUCUGGCCUCUGGGUGCCAAAUGCGGGAGAUGCUGAAAUUGGCGAAUCUGAGGAGAAGGAUUCCGAUUCAGGAAACAAAGAAGCAGGGGAUGUUAAAAGUAAAAGUGAAUCCGGCGAUGAUAAGCUCGAUAAAACGGUAGAUGAGCCUAUCUAUACGGGCGUCAGUACCAAUGAUUUGGAUUGAUUGUUCGUUGAAGCCGUAAACUAACAAUUUUCUUGAAUAAAUUGAAGCACUUUUGAUUGGAAGUAGAUGAGAGUUAGAUAAUACAAAAAUGUACAAGAUAAAUAAACAAACAGCAGAUGUUAGAGAAAAUGUUGGUCAUGUCAAAUAUAUGCAAACACACACAUUAUUACAUUUAAAGCGGUUUUCCUAAAUGUCUUGUGCUGUUCAAACAAACUUAAAAAAAUUCGAAAAAUCAAAAUAUUAAAGGCAAAUAUAGGUGUGUGUUAUCAACUUAACCACAAUGAUGCUGCUACAUUGAGCUCAUUACAGAAACGUUUAGCUAUAUAGGAGCACGAAUGAUGGAAUUUUUGUUCUCCAAUCAAGACAUUGUUUCAGUUUUAGUAUUGAUACACAAUAGAUAACAUUUAGUUAUUAUUUGUAAAAAUUCAUAUAAAAUGUUCAGAAUGUGAGUAGACUUACAUUAUUUGUUUUUAUUAUUUUAUAUGUAAAAAAACAUUAAAUACAAUUCAUUUCUUCAUCUUUGUACGUACAUAGAUUUAAGUUCCUUUUGAAAAUGCUCUCAAUAAAUUAAAGUUGACCUUAA